AUGUCUAAUCCCAAUUCAACUUCGGUGAGCCUGAGGCAAGCACCAGAUUCAGAGAACUCUAACACACAAGUAUCAAGGAGAGGCGAAGAUAUCGAGGUGGCGCCCAAGCUCCGUGAUAGUAAUCUUCCCGACCCAUACAGGAUCCGGCUCGGUCUCAAGACAGACGACGAGCUCUCACAGCUUCGUCGUCGUCGUAGGACUGGCAAACGACUCGAAAAAUUUCACAGAAAGCAGAAUGACCUCAUUCAAUCAUUGCUGAAGCCUAUGGAAGAACAUACACAAGAGGCGAGAGAAGAUGAAGCAAAUUUCCAUUUCUCUGUCAGGGUUGCAGUCUGGGCAAGUCUUUUUGCCAACUUCAUUCUCUGCGUACUUCAGCUAUAUGCUGCCGUGUCAUCCGUCUCUUUAUCCCUCAUUGCCACAGGGAUUGAUGCUACUUUCGAUUUUGGAAGUAAUGUCUUCCUAUACUGGACUCACAAGAAAGCACUGUCAAUGGAUGUUAAUAAAUGGCCUGUUGGUGGCUCCCGAGUUGAAACCAUCGGAAAUAUCGUCUACGGUUCACUUAUGGCUUCGGUCAACUUGGUUGUUAUUGUUGAAUCCAUCCGCGCAAUCAUGACUCAAGAGAAGGACAGCGGCUUUCACAUCCAGGCCAUCAUCGCAGUCGCAGCUGCACUUGCGGUCAAAUUUGUCCUUUUCUUGUAUUGCCUGGCCCUCCGAUCAAAGUCUAGCCAAGUGCAAGUCUUAUGGGAGGAUCAUCGAAACGAUCUUUUCAUCAAUGGAUUCGGUAUUCUGAUGUCUGCUGGAGGAAGUAGACUGCGAUGGUGGCUGGACCCUACUGGCGCUAUCCUGAUUGGCGCUGGAGUGAUCAUUGCUUGGAGCCACACUAUCUACGAACAAUUUGGCUUCUUGGCCGGGAAGUCUGCGCCGCACGACUUCCUGCAGCUCAUCAUCUACAAAGCCAUGACUUUUAGCGAUGAAAUUGAGAAAGUCGAUACCGUACGGGCGUACCACAGCGGACCUGAUUACGUUGUCGAGGUGGACAUCGUCAUGGACGCUACCACGCCGUUGUGGAAAGCACACGAUAUUAGCCAGCAGCUGCAGGAUAAGAUUGAGGUGCUCCCGAACGUCGAGCGUGCUUUUGUGCACGUUGAUCACGAGACGACUCAUGCCCCUGAACAUCGGAAGAUUAUGUAG